AUGAUGUGGUUACGGCAACGUAUAAUUACUAUAAAUGACGCAUUUUGUUUGCAAUGUGGGCCUGUUGGUCUAGGGGUAUGAUUCUCGCUUUGGGUGCGAGAGGUCCCGGGUUCAAAUCCCGGACAGGCCCUUUUUUAUUUUUUUUUCACUGCAGUAUAGGCGUCACUUUACUAUUUUUUUGCUUGACAAAAUGACAAGAUGCAGGACUACCAGCCAUUAUCCUCUUAUAGAGACUCUUCUACAAAGUAUAGGACUGGGUCCCUUUCAAGUUCUGGUGUUCCUGCUCGCUGGAAUGACGUACUUUGCUUAUGCCUGUGAAUCAUUGACAUUCACAUUCAUCAGUGUACAGGUCACAGAGGAAUGGAGUUUCAGUGAUGUCACCUUUGCCAUUUUACCAGCAUCAACUUGUGUUGGGAAUAUCAUAGGAGGCCUCAUCUUCAGCUACCUGUCCGACAGGUAUGGAAGGAUUUGGCCUUAUGCAACUUGCAUGGGAGUGAUCCACAUAUUUGUGGCUUUGUCAGCACUUUCCAAGAGUUUCCUAAUGCUGGUCAGCCUGAGGUUUAUUGCUUCAUUGGGAGUUGGUGGAAUCAUUGCAAUAGUACACCCAAUGCUCAUUGAGUUCCUGCCUACUAGAUACAGAGGGAAAGUGACACUAUUGACUGGGUUUGUUCGUGCAAUCGGUUCAUGUGUAACAGGAGGAUUAGCCUAUUGGCUGGUAUCAAAUUACGCUAAUGGUUGGAGGUAUUUCAUACUUGCUACGAGUAUACCAUCUUUGUUUGUUGUACUUUAUAGGCUGCUGUUUUGGGUUGAGAGCCCACGGUAUUUGAUCAAUGUUAAUAAUAGACAGAAAGCAUGGAAAACAUUGUCAUUGAUAGCAAAAGUGAACAGGAAGGAUAUAGAAUCUUUCACCAGCAGAGAGCAAUUUAUCAACGGCAAUCAUAACUUGCAGUUUGAAAAUUUUCGGCAUCAAAAGAGUCAGUGGUCCACACAAGUAAAAUUAUUCUUUAAAAUAUUCAAGGCACCUUAUUUAAAGACUACGCUCUGCUAUUUGUUCAUAUACAACACACAAAACUUGGCCUACUAUGGAUCAACAUUAUUCCUCCCUACAUUACUCAUUAAUUUUGGGAUAGAUCCUUAUUUUGUGACUUUUACAGGCUUCACUGCACAAAUUCCUGGUAUACUACUAAUGGCAAUAAUUGUCGAAUGGCCUGAAUUUGGUCGAAUAAACACACUAAGAUUAUUCAGUGGGUUUACAAUGCUCUCCUUCUUUCUAUUGGCCUUUGUACAUCAAAGUCAAGUGGGUACUUCCCUAUUUAUUGUAUUUAUAUUCUUUGGUAUGGUCCCCAUAAAUACACUCUUGUUAACAUCAAUAUCAGAAUCAUACCCGACUAACGUUAGAUCAAUGACAAUGGCCUUCAUGACAGGAUCAAGCAGUGUCAAUGGAGUAUGGCUACCAUUUGCUAGUGGAUACCUGGCUAGCUUAUCAAAUACUUACACUUGGCUCUCCCCUACAAUAUGGGGGUGCUUCUUUUUGGUUCAGUUAUGUAUCUCGCUGUUUUUAAAAAUGGAAACUAGAGACAAAGAGCUCCCAGAUGUCAUGAAUGAAUGAUCACAGAUUAACACCUUCUAUGAACAGUAUAGUACAUUGCAUUCUUAAUAUUCAUUGAAAUGUUCACAGUUAGUAAAUGCUGUUUUUAAUUCUAUUUUAAUAAUGAUACUACAACUGUAUUUACCAGUUCAAA